AGUACAUGUACGUUGACUCCAAGGACGGAAGUGGCCAGCGAAUUCCAUGUUCAACAGCUGGUAGACUGCUUGCUGGUGAAAUCGACUUGUCUAUUUUCUUGUCCGAAUAUGCCAAUGGGUUCUUCCCUACUCUUGCAUUCUCGCCAUGCAGGAACCUCAACUUGGUGGUAGCGUUUUCACCUUGGUUUCGGCACCUCAAAACAACGUCAGCAACCAAGACCUUCGCCAAAGCAUGCGCCGCGAUUGGUCAUGUCUAAUCUUCGUCUUUGGUUCGCAGAUCAUUCCAUUUUUCCUUGAGUCCAGGCUUUGCUUGUUCGCUUAUCUCCUCGAAAAUGACCUGUAAUUGCCGGCUGGCGACCGUUGAGAUCCUCGCGGACAUUUUUGUGCGGCCGACUGCUGGAUCUAACUAUGAGAGCUGUCGCUGGUUCUGUCUUCCGUACCGAACAAUCAAUCGCAACUUCCUUUCGAUGAUGAACAAAUGUUUUUUGAGAGAGAAGAACAACAAUGGCGUGGGAUUAUCGAGAAUCUGCGCAUAGAAACCAUCGCCGAGCUAGCUAUGGCAUGCAAAACACUACUUUGCAGACGUCAAAGACGAUUGAGCGAGUCUUGUUCACAUUUGCUGGAAUCGCCCUUUUCAACAUGAUUGAGCUAUUCGUGUACAUCGCGUUCCGCUUCAAGUCAUGGAAAGGCCUCUACUUCUGGUCGCUAACUGUUUCAACAUUUGGCAUUCUUCCCUACACAAUUGGCUUACUCUUCAAGUUCUUUGGUGUCAUCCAAGGCUACCCUCUAGUCAUGCUUGCUAUCAGCAUGAUCGACAUUGGCUGGCAGAUGAUGGUGACCGGGCAGUCAGUCGUCUUAUACUCCAGACUUCACCUUAUAUGCCGACGCCGAAAAGUCCAGCGUGCCGUUCUCUGGAUGAUCAUCGCAAACUGGUUCAUCAGCAAUGUGCCAACGACAGUAUUUGUAUUUGGUGCAUCCAGCCCAAAUCCUGACCCAUACAACGUCCCUUACGGGGUGUGGGAGCGGCUUCAACUCUGCCUGUACUUUGUGCAAGAGGUCACCAUUUCUUGCAUAUAUGGUUAUGAGGUUGUGAAGAUGAUCAAGCCAGAUUUCUUCAACAAUCAAACAACGAACAGUAGUGGUUCGACGUCGACAAGUCAAGCGAGCUUCGAGCAAAAGAUGCGUACGAAGUCGAGCCAACGAAUCUUACGACACCUUUUGUGGAUUAACAUUGUCAUCAUUGCUCUUGAUGUCACGUUACUUAUUGUCGAGUUUAUCGGACACUAUGAAAUCCAAGUUCUGUACAAGGGCUUUGUGUAUUCGGUCAAACUGAAGAUGGAAUUUCGAAUCUUAAAUCAGCUAACCGACAUUGCGCAAGUACGACUCCGAUCUAGCCAACAGUGUUUCGGGGAUGGUCUUGAGAUCAGCGGGAAAAAUGGCGCAAGCGGCGUCAAUUGGGGCUCAAUGGGAUCUGAAGAAACUGCCAGACCAAAUCUUGAUCCGACACAAGCUGCCACGGUGCAUGCCGGGUCAUCCCCACGUCCGGUUGGAGCGCUCUCAGACACGGAGAAAGGCAGCGAAGACGCCACUAUCGAGAAAAUUGAUACUGUUAUAGCAAGUCAUGGAGCGGCAAGACAAACGUCAGACCCACCUAGAAGGCGCUCAUUCGAAACAGAGGGACCUCUUCGCUCAGAUAAAAACAGAAGACCACAAACUACGAGGUUUAUAAGCUUUAGUUAGACUGAGCAGUUAUUACUAUAAAUAAAGAAUAGUUGUAUGUUGG